UAGCUUCUAGAAAUAUAAUCAUCAUCUCACUGUUUUCCAGCUCUUAGCUAGCUCUUCUCUGCAACUUCCAUGGGGAAACACAAGAACAGUAACCCUAAGGCAACUAACAGUACCAGUACCAGUACUAGUUGUGUGCAAUCUAUCACAACGACGAAGAAACGAACCAGAAGAAGUGUCCCCAGAGAUUCACCUCUUCAACGCAGCUCAAAAUAUAGAGGAGUCACUAGACACCGAUGGACAGGACGAUAUGAAGCUCAUCUGUGGGACAAGAAUUGUUGGAAUGAAUCGCAGAACAAGAAAGGACGACAAGUGUAUCUGGGUGCUUAUGAUGAUGAAGAGGCUGCAGCACAUGCUUAUGAUCUAGCAGCACUGAAGUACUGGGGUCAAGAUACCAUACUAAACUUUCCGCCAUCGACCUAUCUCAAUGAAAUGAAAGAAAUGGAGGGUCAAUCAAGGGAAGAAUAUAUUGGAUCAUUAAGAAGGAAAAGCAGUGGCUUUUCUCGUGGAGUUUCUAAGUACAGAGGCGUGGCAAGACAUCAUCAUAAUGGAAGAUGGGAGGCUCGCAUUGGCAGAGUGUUCGGCAACAAAUAUCUUUAUCUUGGGACUUAUGCUACCCAAGAAGAAGCUGCCACGGCAUAUGAUAUGGCGGCCAUUGAAUACCGCGGGCUUAAUGCUGUCACCAAUUUUGACCUAAGUCGUUAUAUUAAGUGGCUUAAGCCCAAUAUUAAUCACGGCAUCAACAUGAUUAACACUACUAGUAACAGUAAUGCUAUGCUUAGUGACUCUAAGCCUAACCCUAACUGCGAUGCUCGCUUCAUCAACCCAAGAAACCCUAACACUCAAGAACAUGGAUUCAAUUACUUCUUCACCAGCCAGCAGGAUUCUUCAUUCAGCAGUACUGGGGAUGAAACCUCCACCAGCUUUGCUCAGUCACGGCAGGCCAAAGCCACCUCGGCCCUCGGCCUCCUGCUUCAGUCGUCCAAGUUUAAGGAGAUGACGUCAAUGGCCGAUUUGUCGGUGGCGGAAACGCCUGCGAAGGCAGAGGAGUCUAGUUUGCCGCCGUGCACUUUUCCGGAGGAUAUUCAGACGUACUUUGAGUGUGAAGACUGCAAUAAUGGAUAUGGAGAAGGAGAUUAUACAGUGUUCAGUGAGCUCAAUUAUUCUUUUGUUUCCCCUGCGUUCAACUAUCAUGACUUUGAGGCAUGAUCAAGGAGGAUGAGGUGGCUUUAUUCACUGAAAAAACAGAGAGGUUUAACCAUUUUUAUUUAUUUUAUUAUAUUCAUUACAUUGAUCCCUAGGUUUUAAUUUGUUUUUAGCUCUCCUUCCUGUGAGUAUGGAAGCUUGAUCCUUGUUAACACAAAUUGACUUGAAGAUGACGACGGAAGAAGAACGCAACGUUUUUUUUUAAAAAAAAAAAUUGGGGCAAAUUAAUUGAAUGAGUUUUUCUUCCCAUAUGGUGAAGAUGACGAGGUAGA